GAAAUCCAAUACUUCAAUAGAAACAGGAAGUACUAUGCUGUCGUCUGGGGAAACUGGUUCCACAGUGGGCUAUUCGUCUGAAUCCGGGGGACAUUAUACUGAUAGUAUUUCCACACUGAGCUCGGAGGGGGAGAUAACACCCACACGAAACGCUAAUAAAGUUGUUCGUGCCGUGUCCUGCAGCCGCCCUUCCGCUCCUCCCCCGCCUCCGCCUAGUUCUCAACCAUCCGCAAUGAAUCCGCCACCUCCUAGUUCCUCAGUAUCCGCCACACCCGUGAAGAGAUCUGGACCGCCGCGACCCCCAACACGGAACCCGGAAACUCGGAUUUCUAGCCGGCCUUCGUCAAUUGAUAAUAUUUCUAAAAUCGGCGACGAAAAAUCGAAUGCAGAAAUCGGUGAUGAAACGCCUCUAGCUGACAAACCAGCGGAAAUACCCAAAACGGGAUUUGACUUCUUGGACGAAUGGUAGUCCGAUAAAUCGUCCAUAAAGCCCAGUAUGGAAAUCCUACAAUCGUCUGUUUAGCCGUUUAAACGAUGCUAAUCGAGUUUCUCUUUACUUAAAAUAAAAUGGCCUGUGUAUCGUCCUGUAGUCUAAAUUCUAAUAUUACGCAACAAUGCGGCAUUAUAUUUUUCCAAUUACGUCAUCUGAUGUUAUGAUCGGGCAUUAAUGAAACCAAAGAACGAAUAAUUGAGAAAACAAAUGGAUUCCCGGGAUGGCAUAAAUAAAUUUUUGUUAAAUUUUGUCGCUUUGUAUUUUCUUAAUGUUGAGCACUUACUCCCUCUGUACACGUGUACGUACAUAGAUAUAUUUAUUUAUUAUUGUUUGUGUCUACCAUUAGUUUAAUACAGUGAUAACCAGAAAACUCUGAACUAUGAAGAAGACUCUUUAAGUUAUAACUUUAAGGUAUAACUUUAAAAAGUUUUAUGAAAUUUAACGCAGCAAUUGUUCACUGUGUAGUGUAAACCAAUCCAUUUCACUAAAUUAGAGAUUUAAUAAGUGUAGUAAAACCAUUUUCUUUGUAACAACAUCAAAUACUCUUUCAUGUCGUUUUCCUAUUCCAUUGUGUUCUGUUCAUCACUGUUUGUCUGUACAAUGUACAGAGUA